AUGAAGGGGUGGGGGGGGGGGUGGGAGGGGGCGGUCGGGGAGGGGGGUGGGAGGGGGGCUGAGGGUAGGAAAGGGGGGGGGCGGUCAGGGGCGGGGGGGGGGGGGGGAGGAGGGGGGGGAGGGAGGGGGGGGGGUGGGGAGGCGGGGCGGGAGGGGAGCGGAGAGGGGGGGGGGAGGAGUGUGGAACGACACGUGGGGGUCGGUGAUGGGGGACCGCGUAGAGGCUGUGUGGACCCCGUGGACGAGGUACGGGGGGGAGGUCGGGGAGGGGCGGGGCUCGCGGAAGGGUCGGGCGGGGGGGGGCGGAGGGAAAGCCAGGGCGCGCAAAGGCGGAGGCGGUUGGUGAACGACGGCGGGGGAAUCGGGAGAGGGGGCGGGAGCCGGGGGGGGAGGCGGUUGGGGGGGGGGGGGGGGAGAUGGGGGGUGUGCGGCGGGGAAGGGGGGGCCGGGGGGGGUGUAGGGGGGGUUGAGAAGUGA